AUGACCCUGCAGCAGCCGCCCCUGGCCCUGAAAGGGGGCGCCCCCCCGGCGCUGUACAUCCACAGCAUGCCUGCCUGGGUGCUGGAGGACUUCUGCCAGAAGAUGGAUUGCCUGAGCGACUACGACUGGAUGCGGUUCGCGUCCUACGUGAUAACUGACCAAACAGAGCUACGGAAAAUCAAGUGCAUGGAGAAGACGGGGAUCAGCAUAACAAGGGAGCUGAUGUGGUGGUGGGGAGUGAGGCUAGCAACAGUGCAGCAGCUCCUGGACCUGCUGCGAGGACUGCAGCUGUACCGGGCAGCCCAAGUCAUUCUGGACUGGACAUCAGCGUCUAAUAUUGCCGACUCUGGAAAAGAAGAGCUUGUAGAGCUGCCUAAACCAGAGAACAGAUCUUUAACUCCCAUAGAAAACAAGAAGAUAGACAGAGAAAAUGAGAUAAACCUGUUGCCACCAACAGACUCUUCGCAUCCGGGAGUACCACCAGCAGGUAUUUCAGAUGCUGUUUCUGAAGGAGCCUUGUAUUCACUCCCUUUGCCACCACCUCCCCCAAGAGACCUUUUGAAAUCCUUAGAGUCAAAUCCUCCUGUCUCAUCGAGUGUGAAGCCUUGCAGCUCUCCUGCUCCUCAGCAGGAGACAAUGACGGAUCUCCCCAGUGGGAGUCUUUUGUGGACCCAGAGGGAAGUUGCUAAUGCCACAAGUGGUUUCAGUGACAAGAGCAGAAUUUGUGAAGGUACUUUUGCAGAUGUCUACAAAGGUCAGAGGAACAACAUAGAGUAUAUCAUCAAAAGACUGAAAGAGAUGGAAUGCACAAGCCCCGAUUCCACCCAGAGGUUCUUUCAUACCGAAGUACAGAUUUGCUUUCGGUGCUGUCAUGUCAACAUCUUGCAGCUGCUGGGUUUCUCAGUAGAAACUGGAUUGCACUGUCUGAUAUAUCCGUACCUGCCUAAUGGAUCACUUCAAAACAGACUUCGGUGUCAAGAUGAUUCUGCUCCACUGACCUGGGAGAUGCGAAUCAGCAUUUCUAUAGGGCUCCUCCGAGCUACAGAGUAUUUACAUAAUUCUGGAAUUCUUCAUGGGAAUAUCAAAAGCUCAAAUGUCUUGUUGGAUGAAAACUUGACACCAAAGCUUGGACAUUCAGGUCUGCGACUGUAUUCUGUUGAUAAAAAAUCAGAAUAUGCCACAAUGAAAACCAAAGUCCUACAGGCUUCUCUUACUUAUCUGCCAGAAGAUUUUAUCAGACAUGGGAAGUUAACAGAAAAAGUCGAUAUAUUCAGCUGUGGUGUGGUCUUAGCAGAGAUCCUGACAGGGAUUAAGGCCCUGGAUGAAGGAAGAGACCCUAUUUAUCUGAAAGAUAUGAUUGCUGAUGAAAUCCAAAUAGCAAAAGAAAGCUCAUAUUCCAAAGUAAAAAAAUUGGAAAAGCUAGCUGCCAAGGAAAUAUGCUGUAAAUAUCUAGACAAGAAAGCAGGACACUUACUGGAAGAGGUUGCUAUUGACUUUGCCUCAGCCAUCUGCCUUUGUCUGAAAAAGAAGAAUUCUAACACAGCAGAGGUGCUUGAAAUGAUGGAAAUGGCUGAAAAUAAAUUAAGAGAGCAUUACAUCUGUGGAGGCAGCACUUCUGGAUUCUCCAUGAACACUCCUGAGGAAACUGAUGAUGAGACAGUGAGUCUCAGCAUGGACGUGCCUUCUGGGGGGAAGAAUAAAGAGGACAGCACGCAGCCUGCCAUCCUGACCAGUGCCAGUCCGUGCCCACCUUCAAUAGGUGUUGUGUCGCCUGACGUUUACUGCGAACAGAUGUCAAGGGUUCCUUGUGAAUCAGAUGAAUCAAGUAGUUUUAUAUGGAACCCUUCAGAAAGAUCUAGAGAUGAGCUAUCUGGCUGUAACAGUUCAGAAAACCUGGCAGCCUCUGGUUACAAGAUCAAGCAGGAAAAGCCUGCACAUGGACUCCAGGAAAGAAAUGCAGCAUCUGCCAAAAGUGAUGACGUCUUGGAAGCAGCGUCUGCUGCACAGAGCUCCUCUCAACAAAAACACACAGACCUUGACUCUCCAUGUUCUUCACAAGCAUUAGCCAGAGAGACAUCUUUGAAAAUAAAGAUAAAUGAUAAAAAAAAGAAGCUAAUGGAAAAUAUUUUGCUGUAUGAAGCAGACAAAUUAAACAGCUCUGAACUUUUUGAAUCAUAA